CCCUCCAACGUCAGUCAAAUCAAUGCCCAUUUAAGUUUUCAUUUGUAUCACGUAGUACUAGCUCAACGCUUGGCAACGUUGGAUUAUAUUUCCCCCGUUCCGUUUCGUGUCGUCUGCUAUUGUUUGAUUUAUUUUCGUUAAAUAAUAAUAAUAAUAAUUUAUUAUUUUAAAAAUCUUAAUUUUUUAUAAGCAAAUUCAAAUUAUUAUUCAUUAUUAUGAAUCUUUGAAGAAUAUACUAUUAUAUGUAUAUACUACUUAUAUUACUUUCAAAUUUCGCGCUUUUUCUAUACCUAACCUACAAGACGCAACGUUGCCAAGCGUUGUGCUAAGUAAUUUCUGAUUGUCAAAAUACGGUGUUUUUUUAGACAAAAUAAUUAAUUGUGAGUCUCCUAAGCCAGGUCUGAUCAAUUUUAUUAAAAUUUUAGUUAUAUAUAUAUAAAAUGACACUUCUUCCUCCAACUUUGGAGCAACAAAAGCGAAUUGAUGAAGAACUUCCACCUGAUCCGGAAAUGAGAAAACGAGAUUUAAUUGCUAUAAAAGAAUGGUUAAGAAAACAACCUCAUUUGCCAAAAAACAUGGAUGAUAAAAGACUAGGAAAUUUUCUUUUUGGAUGCAAAAAUAGUAUUGAAAGAUGCAAAUUAAUUUUAGAAAGAUACUACAGUGCACGCACAGCUUUACCGGAAUUUUUUGCAGCCAGAGAUCCAUUGACAAAAGAAAUUCAAGAUUGCUGUAAAAUUAUACAAUAUUUUAUCUUACCAUCAUUAACUCAAGAAGGACACAGAGUUACAAUAUUGCGGUUAAAUAAUAAUGCAUUGGAAAAAUUUUCCCUACAAGCCAUAACUCGAAGAAUCUUAAUGGUAAUGGAUCUUCGUUUAUUGGAGGAAGCUUCUUUAUCAAAUAUCAUGAUCCUUGAUUUAGAGGGUUUCACUGCAGGACAUUUUGCUAAAUGCAGUCCAACACAAUCGAUUGUUCGAAGGGCCAUGCUUGCGACACAAGACAGUAUGCCCUUUCGUUUGCAUCGAGUGCAUUAUAUUCACGCUCCAGCAUUUAUUGGAAGUGUACUCAAUAUUUUUUAUCCUCUGCUGAAAGAAAAGUUAAUUCAAAAGUUUCGAAUUCACACUGGAGGUGGCGAAGAUUUAUAUCCAUAUAUAGAACAAGAAAUUUUGCCUAAUGAAUGGGGAGGCAAAGCUGGAACUUUUAAAGAAUUAAACGAUGCUUGGUGUAGAAAAAUUGAAAAGCACAGAGAUUGGUAUUUACGGGAUGAAAAAAUCAGCAAGACUGAUGAAAACUUACGAAUGCCCAGUCAUAAAUCGGCACUCACUAAAGAAUUAGAUGGAAUUCAAGGUUCAUUUCGACAACUAAAUAUCGAUUAAAAUAAUUUUUAUACCUUUUUUUUAAUAAAUAUUUCUAUUUUUCACAUUAAUAAUUAUUGUUAUAUAUUUGUAUUAUGUAUUAUUUUAGUUUUAUAAAUGACCCUUGUAAGCUAUAGAAAUAUAAAAAAGAAAUUA